CAGCAGCCGCAGCAAUGUUCACUGACCUCAAGCUGCCACCGCGGCAGACCAGUGGCGACGACUCGACGGACAACGAGAGCGCAUCGCAGGCGCCGACACGCCGUUCCACCGACACUGCCGCCAUCGCGGCUGAGCGCUCCAAGAAGGGGUUCGACGCGGUGAGGCUCUCGUCAGCGCUCUCCGAGGCGUCUCAGGGCAGGGAGGGGCGGCGCAGCCUCGCCCUCUCGUGCUCACUGACGACCGCCGAGCGCGCCGACCUGCACACCCUCUUCUCCCUCCUCGCGGCCCGCUGCGGGUGCGCUCUCCUGUUUGCGGGUCCGCCCGCGCUGCCGGCGGACAGCGAGGCCGCGGCGGCGGCGGAGAAGGAGCGGGAGCGUGAGUCGCAGAGCGAGGUGAUUAUCUCGCGCGCCGAGUUCAUCAGCGCCUUUGCGACUCCGCAGAACUCCGCCCUCAUCCACCGCAUCUAUGCGAUGCUCGCGGCGGACUCGCGCCGCGCCGGCGAGGAGGAGGGCGAAGGCGGCGUCGGGUUUGAAAGCUUCGCGGCGGGGCUGGCGCCGGUGGUGGCGGCGGACGCGACGCGGCGCGACCGCCUCCGCUUCCUCUUCGACGCGUGCGACCUCGACGGCUCGGCUCACACCGCGCCGGGCGGGCUGACACGCUCUGGGCACGUCACGCCGGACGAGCUCCACGUGCUGCUGCACCACGCGUGCGGCGUCCCGGCCGAGUGUGUGGAGGCGGUCGUGGAGGCGACGAUCCGCAGGCUCGACGCGGACGGCGAAUUCUUCUUUUCUGCUCCGACACCGGGCGACGGGCUCAUCUGCUGGGGCGAGUUCGAGGAGUACUACGCGAGCCGGCGCCGAAGCCUCGCGCGAGGCGCCCCCGGCCUUGUCGGCUGCUUUGAUUGCCCGCCCCGCGUGAGUAGGCCGGACGAGCUCCGACAGCUGACUGCACACCUCGGCCUGUCUGUCAACCGGAUCACCGCGAGGCUGGGCUCCGACCCGAUCGCCAUGCGUGCAGACCAGCCCCCGCCGUUCCACGCACGGGACACUGACUUCUUCGGCGGCGUGCUCGUCAAGUCGUCGCGCCAGCUCGAGCUGCUCGCCGCCGUCCGCACCGGUGGAGUGGUCGGCGAGGUGGCCGGCUCGACGGAGCGGGUGGUGAAGCUUGCAGCUUCGUGGUCCGUCCCCCGGCCCGUCCAAUUCGGCGACACAGAGAUCAGAGUCGGGCUCGUGAUUGUUCUAGCUUAG